GUAAGUAGAUCUGAUGACAAUUGAGGUUAAGGUUAUGUGUGAUUUUUACGUGGGUUUGUCAGUUUGGUGUGAACACAUCACUUGAAUUAUGUUGUGCAAUGGACUAUAAAUAGAACUGAUUGAGUUUUAACACACACACAAAUGUACAAUUAAAUGACAAAUGUAGGCUAACUAAUUCUUCAUACUAUCAUUUUAUAAAUACCUAUAAUUAUUACAACAUAAUAAUGGGAGGUAAACAAAGUUUAGAAAAGCCAAGUCGUACAUCUCUCAAUCCUACAGAAAGGAAAAGACUAACUUUAUUUCUGGAAAAGAAAGGAAGUCAUUCACAAUUUAACAAGCAAGAUAUGCAGAGAUUAUGGAAAGAUUACUUAGUACCAGAUCUGCUAAAAAGCUACACAGACUACUUGAUGAAUCAAGCUAGAGGCAAGCAAACACACAUUGGAAUUGAGGAGUUUGUCUGGAUAUACAGUGCUCUUAUACGAGGGGAUGAAGAUGAAAAAGUGACUACCUUGAUAGAUAUCAUUGGUUCAAGCAAGAACAGCUCAGGACAACAUGUGAUAUCUUUUAAAACUCUGUGCAAGUAUAUAUCAGACUUGUUGGAGUCCUUUUUCCUGGGAUUACAGACACAGAAAGAUCCCAAUUAUAUUUCUUGGACCUAUCAUAAACAACCCGAGCGGGUAAGCAUGGAAACAGUGACACGUGGUGUUUGCGAUGAUUUGCCAAGGAAUGAUGAUGAAGUACAAGUUUCUAACUUACAACGUUGGUUGAACACAUCUGUCAUAGUGGCAGUCCUCCACAGCUAUGUCCUGGGAUCCCUGUACAAUCUGGAACCUGAGGUCAAGGAUACUGUGGUGCCUCUUGCUAUUUGGCCUACGAUCAAGACACAAACAUUCCUUGACCUUUCUCAAGUUAUCUAUAUCAACUCUUUCAUACCCAACCAACACAGGACUUUGUGGCGAUUUCUCUUUUCUACGCAGACUCAUGGUGAAAGCUUUGCUAAACUUAUUGGGAGCAUAGCAAAUCAAGGCGCUCUUGUGAUUGUUGUCCAUGCAGAAAAUCACACGUUUGGCGGAUUCAUAUCAGAAGAGAUUUCGCCUGGUCCACGAUGGGUAGGAGAUAGUGAUUGUUUUUUAUUUAGGUUGAACCCAGUUGCUUCAAUGUUUCCAUCCACUGGCUACAAUGACCAUUAUGUGUAUUUCAACUCUCAACAACAAUCUCUUCCUAAUGGAUUGGGAAUGGGAGGACAGUACAACUACUGGGGAUUGUGGAUAGAUUCCCAGUUCGGCUUUGGAGAGUGUAGUGAGUCAUGCACAACGUUUAAGGAUUACAAGAUGUUAACAAACAAGAAGAAGUUCCGCAUCAGUAAAAUGGAAGCUUGGGGGGUUGGUGAGCCCCCUCCCACUCCACAUGAAAGGGGAGAGAGAGAUUCAAGGGCAGGAACGACAGUGUUGGAACGAGAGUCUGUGCAUACACAUCUGCUGGAGAUGGCUGGCCGCAAGAUGUAUAGCAAGGGGAUCGGAAGGGAUAUUCCAAAUUGAAACAUUUGAGGAUAAAAAUAAUUCAAGGAAAGUUUGUGAAGAAGUAAACUGCCAAGAGCACAAGCAUUUAUGGUUGAUGAGUUUGGUUAAUUUGUUUUGUAGAAAAUCUUUAAUUCUGUUAAAAAUGAUAGUAAUUUAUCGCAGUUAUUAUGGUUAUUGCUUUAUUCACGUACUGUAAGUGGCUUUCAUGUUUGUAAAUAUUACCUUUUAAGUCUGUAGCAUUCAUCAAAGUAAAAGGAGGAGGAUGUAUGUUAA